UUCCAUGUCUUGGCAACCCCAGCCGCAAUGAUUUGCCUGAAAACUGCGCUGCUGCUGCUGUUGGCGCUCUGCGGGUGUUGCCGCUGCCAAGAGAAAACGUACCUUGUCACGGGGCCCAGAGAAUGGAGAAUAGGCGCUUUGGAGACGGUGGUCGUGCAAGCGUUCGGCCAGGAAGGAGAUUUGGCUAUCAGAAUCAAUGCGCUCAGUUACCCGGAUAAAAAGACCACCUACGCGACCCAACACCUCGUGCUGAAUGAUCAGAACAAUUACCAGGGGCUGGUGAAGCUAAUGAUCCAACCCAAAGACUUUCCAACGUACAGCAGUUCUGACCCGAUGCAAUUCAUCUACCUGCAAGCGCAGUCCAAUGCUUUCAACAAAGAAGAGCAAGUUCCUGUGUCGUAUCGAAAUGGAUUCCUCUUCAUUCAAACCGACAAGCCGUUUUAUACCCCCGACCAGUCCGUGAAGAUCAGAGUUUACUCUAUGGACGAAGAGCUGAAACCGGGGAGAAGGAAAGUCGUAUUGACGUUUAAGGAUCCAGAGGAAGUGAAAGUGGAUUCUAUAGAGGAAGACGAUUUGACUGGAAUUAUUUCCUUCCCUGCUUUCAAGAUACCAGCCAAUCCGAAAUUCGGCAUGUGGACCAUUGAGGCCGCCUAUGGAAAGGAUUUCACCACGUCCGGCACAGCAAAAUUUGAAGUGAAAGAAUACGUUUUGCCGAAGUUCUUCGUUUCGAUAGAACCGGAGAAGAACUUUAUUUGCUAUGACAAAUUCACAGAGUUUACCAUCACAGUAAGAGCAAGCUACUAUUUUAAGAAACUUGUUGACAAUGCAAAAGUCUACAUUCGUUAUGGGCUAAUCCAAGAUGGCGAGAGAACGAUGUUGCCUAAAUCCAUCGAUUUGCAGUCGAUGUUCAACGGAGAAAGCAUCUUCCAGUUUAACAGCCAAAAAGCAGUGGAGGAGCUGGGAUACUCAUCACUGGAAGAAAUCAGUGGAUCUUAUUUGUACAUUACUGUGUCUGUUGAGGAGUCUACAGGCCGCACAGAGGAGAGUGAAAAUGUCGACGUCAAGUUCGUUCUAAGCCCCUACACCUUCAAGCUUGUCGGGACUCCGCUCUAUGUGAAGCCGACAUUACCGUAUUAUAUCAAGGUUCAACUGCGAGACACAAUGGAUAAACCCGUUGGGAACAUACCCCUAGUCCUAUCCGGGGAUAUGGUUAAAGAAGAUGGAACCUCGGAACCCUUAACUGGUGGGCGGCUGAGGAUGAGUUCGGACAAAAGGGAUGGAACGGGCGUGUUUGUCUUAAAUAUCCCAUCCGACAUCUCAUCUCUGGAUUUCAAAAUAACGACAGAUGAUGGCAGCCUCCCAGAGGAUAACCAGGCGACAGUUAAUCACGUGGCAGUUUCUUACCAGUCCCUUACCAAGAGCUAUCUGUAUAUAAACUGGGCCAGAGAAAAAGAAGUUCUGCAUGUUGGCAGCUUCCUUACCAUCCAUUUAGUUCCAAACAGCCCGUACAUUGCCAAGCUGAGGCAUUACAGCUACCUGCUCAUAUCAAAGGGGAAGAUAUUGAAUUUUGGAACAGUACAAAGAGUGGAGGGUUCUGACUCUCAAAGCCUAACCCUACCAAUAACUUCGGAUAUGGUUCCCUCUGUGCGCCUUCUGGUCUAUUACAUUGUGACUGGAGAUGCCACUGCCGAGCUGGUUGCCGACUCCAUCUGGUUGGACGUUGUGGAGAGCUGUGUAAACCAUCAAACAGUAGAAUUGUCUACAAGGGAAACAACGCUUAAACCCGGGCAGAAGUUUAACCUGAAGGUUUCAGGGCCGUCGAAGUCAUUAGUGGCUUUAUCUGCGGUUGACACGGCUAUAUAUGACGUGGGGAAAAGGUUCCAGAGGCCUUUGGAAACAGUUAAGUAAUUAAAAAUCAUCUGGAAGGCCAGCGCCGAGACCGAGCUGAUGCGGGUGGUCCCUAUAUUUUACGUGUACCACUAUCUGGAGACGAGCAAGCGAUGGGAUUUGCUGGGGACUAACAUCUUAGCUGCACAGAUCGAAAUGCAGAGAAAAAUGAGAGAAGGCGUGAAUAGUAUCCUGUCGUUUAGAGGGAGUGAUUACUCUUACAGUAUUUGGAAGGAGGGCAAACCCAGCGCAUGGUUAACUGCUUUUGCCUUGAAAAUCUUCGGGGAGAUAGAGAAGUACGUCUACGUGAACAAAAUGUCUGUGUGCAACAGUAUCAGCUGGUUAAUCGACCAAUGCCAGCUUAGAGACGGCUCUUUCAUAGACAGGUCGGGCUAUCAACCCGGGAAGCUGCAGGGCACCAUUCCCAGCGAAGAAGAAAGAAGCUUAUAUCUCUUUACAGCCUUUGUGUUUAUAAUCCAGUAGGUCCUCAACAUGUGCCCCUGGCAGGAAGUGGGAGAUGCUGCUGGUAAGAGAAGGGCCGUGGAGUACCUGUCUAACAACAGCAAGAAGGCAAAGAGAACCUUCACACUGGGUAUCGCCGGCUAUGCCGUGAGUUGCGGGACUUUGGCCAGUGUGCGAUUCCAAGGGCUGCUGGAAAGGAAAGCGUAUGUCAUCGAAUCAGGUGAUUUGCCUAUUGUGCGGUACUGGAAAGAUUCUCUCAAAAAAGUGAACCCGACGGCGCCCGGUGCCGAGUCAGCACGCAUGGUGGAAACAACGGCCUACGCCCUCCUUAUGUACCUGAAACUGGCACAGAAGGACUAUUAUAAUCCAGUGGUGCGCUGGCUGAAAGAGCAACAGAGAUACGGCGGCGGCUUUUACUCUACUCAGGACACAGCCAUUGCCCUUGAAGCUUUGACCGAGGUUUCCAUUGUGGAUAAGAAGCUCACCUUAAACAUGGCCGUCCAGGUGUCCUACAAAAAAUCCGGUGAUUUCAAGAAUUAUAGGCUGACAGAGACCUCGUCAUUCACAAGGCCAGAAGAGGUGCCCCUUCCUGAGGAUCUCAUCGUAAGCACCCCGACUGCCAAUGGGAUUGCCACUGUACACGUAAGGUAUAAGGCGCCUGAUGACGACCCCUAUAUAUCUGGCAGCGCCGUUAUGGAGAUCACCAUGGUCACCGGAUUGGUCGUAGAUGAGAGCGAAUUAGAAGAGCUGGCGCAAAGGGUGGAUCAGUUCGUCACCGCUUACGACAUAGAGGACGGGAAAGUGAAGCUGCACUUUGAUGGGAUCCCAUCCGAUGAGUAUAUCUGCGUCACGCUACUGGCCUGGGAGCAGUUUAAAGUCUCCAUGUUAAGCCCCGGGGUAUUCAGAGUCUAUGAGUUUCACGCACCAGAUGAAGAGUGCACAACCUUAUUCAACCCCCUCGCCAGCCAGGACCUAGUGAACGUUUGCACCGGAAACCAGUGUAAAUGCAUCCAAGCCACCUGUCCCACAGCACAACAGAAAAUGGACACCUCCAUUACAGCCGACGCCAGGAAGGAAGCCGCGUGCAAGGCCGACAUCACCUUCGCAUACAAAGUCGUGGUGAUCACUUCUGUGGAAGACGGUGAUUUUGUUAAAUACACUGCGUCCAUUCUCGACAUAUACAAGAAAGGUGGCGACUUUGUAAAGGCCAAAAAAGAAGUGAAGUUUAUAAAGAAGAAGACAUGCACAGACAUUGAGAUAACCCAAGGAGAGCAAUACCUUAUCAUGGGAAAAGAAGGAAUUCAGAUCAGAUUCGGGUUUGACUUCCAAUAUGAAUACGCGCUGGACGCGGACACGUGGGUUGAAUGGUGGCCCCCGGCCUGUAGAACCAGAGACUGCGAGGAAUUCACCGACACUUUAUCGGAAUUCUCAGAAAGCAUGCUUUUCGACCAUUGUUAGCGGUGCCGCCAUUUUGCUUCUGAUGGAACCUCCAUCCUCGCUGUGCCAGAGUUUGUACCGGGAGGGGGGGAUGCCGCGGGUACUAUAAUGCCACCGUGCCAAGACCCCCCCCCACUCUACUAACUGCUGCAGGACAUAGGUUACAGGGUGUGGGGUGCAAAGGGUUAAGGACCCCCUUUUUAGGGGUUAAUAAAAUAUACAUUUUAUCCA